AUGGGCCUCUCUACCUUCCACGACUCCACGUGCAUGGCAUGCGGAGUGAACCCCGCUGAGGACUACGACCUUUACGAGGAAUAUGCAGGCUUUUCUGUCUGCUUCAAAUGCAAGCAAGCAAGCCCAGAACUGUACAAACGCAUUUCAAAAGGAACGCUCCAAAAGUUUGUUGAAAAGCCCAAUCCAAAGGGGUCCAACUAUGCGCGGAUGAAGUUAUUCCUUCGCUGUGAGGCGCAAGCAGCUGCCAUCAAGAAAUACGGCUCGCUUGCUGAGUUGGAAGAAGAGAAACAUCGUCGAAAAAACGCUGUGCUCCAGAAAAGAGAAUCUGUUUAUGAGAAACGGCUUCGAGAGCUGAAGCGGGCAAGCCUUGGCACGGAGGCGAUACAGCUAAAGUCUCUCGUCCGGAAGCAUGUCCAUCAGUUCAAAGAUGCCGAAGAAACCCAUGACGUGCUCGAUGACGACAAAAAACUCGCAGGAGCCCAAAACCAUACCCCCUUACUAGACGGCAAUAAUCUCCAGGUCAAAAGAUGUACCAUCUGUGGGCUGCAAAUUAGCCUUGAAUCGUUUUAA